UCAAACCCGAUAAUGUGUUGAUUGACAACAAUAUUGAUACAAAUGAUAGAUAUAUAAAGUUAUGUGACUUCGGUUUGUCUAAAGAAAUGGAUGUAUUGAGUGAUCGAUACAAACAAAGUAGUGUUAAACACACCAAAGAUGUCGGAGAUAUUCAAUAUCAGGCACCCGAAGGACAGACCACUGAAUACAACCAUUUAAUAGAUGUCUAUAGUCUGGCACUCAUUGGAGCGAAAAUAUUUGGUUUCGAUUCCGACGAUAUCAGAGACGGAGUAUAUAUAAAGUUAUGCGACUUCGGAUUGGCUAAAUCCGUAGAUGUAUUGAAUGAUCGAUACAAACAAAGUAGUGUUAAACACACCAAAGAUGUCGGAGAUAUUGAAUAUAUGGCACCCGAAGGACAGACCACUGAAUACAACCAUUUAAUAGAUGUCUAUAGUCUGGCACUCAUUGGAGCGAAAAUAUUUGGUUUUAAUACAAAGGAUAUUCAAAACGGAAAAUAUAUGGCACCCGAAGUAGAGACCACUGAAUACAACCAUUUAAUAGAUGUCUAUAGUCUGGCACUCAUUGGAGCGAAAAUAUUUGGUUUCGAUUCCGACGAUAUCAGAGACGGAAUGUAUAUCUUGGUCACAAAUUCCGAUAUAUUGAUUCAGAUUGUGAGCCAAUGGCAGAGCAAACCCACAUUGAGAGCACCGCGCCUAUUUGUAUGCCUAUUGGCGGCAAUACUUGGUUACCAAUUAUACGACGUGUCGGUCGACUAUUUUGCGUACAAAACGAUUACCGUAUUUGACGUAAUGGACAAUUCAUUAGACACACAUUUACCGCACAUAACCCUCGUCUAUGUUUCGUACGCAUUGAACGAAAAGGGUAAAGACAGGCGUUGUUUACGGUCACCGGAAUCGCCGCAAUGCGCGCCAGUAUAUAACGACUGUCCGCUAUUUAAUUACACUAAUUUUGACGCCAAGGCUGAGACCCGUAUAGCCAUCGACGACAACCAGUGGCCGGGCGUUGAUAUACGAUCCAUGAAACGCCAUAUAAUGUAUAAAUUCAAACCAUUUCGAUAUAUUAUGGUUAGCUUACUAUCCGAUCGGCGAUGGCUGGCCAUCGGUCGCGUGGCAAACAACAACGUUCGGCAGUUUGCGGCCAUUCGUCGCUGGAGUGAUGCGCUCAAUGCGGACCCGAAGUAUGUAUUACUUUACUACCAAUCGGUUGUGGACUUUGAGCGCCUGUUUAGCGCCGAACCGCGACUGUCGGCCGUUAACCACACUCUUGCCGUCACUCAGACUAUGCGCCGACUGUUGCCCUCUCCGUACGGCCGGUGCAGUGAUUACGGCUCAGACCCGUCGACCGGUGCCGAAGGGGAC